AUACAGCGAUCCACAAAGCAAUAUCGGAAGAAAAAGCGAACGAAAAAUUGUCGUUUGCUACACACAACUACACGUAAAAAAUGGAAUACACCAGCAAGACACAGAUCUACCAGAAGGUGAAGAAGCCACUGCUGGAACGGAAGCGUCGUGCACGCAUCAACAAGUGCCUGGACAACCUGAAGACACUUGUCGCCGAGAUGCGUGGCGAUGAUGGAAUCCUCCGUAUGGACAAGGCGGAAAUGCUCGAAUCAGCUGUGAUCUUUAUGCGUCAGCAAAACUCAAACAAAACAUCCGCCGCCGCCUCUGCACCAGCACCAGCACAGUCCCCCCAGUCACUGGAUAGCUUCCGUAAUGGCUACAUGAAUGCCGUCAAUGAGGUGUCACGUGUCAUGGCCUCCACAUCUGGCAUGAGCGUUGAUCUCGGCAAGUCGGUGAUGACGCAUCUCGGCCGCAUCUACAAGAACCUGCAGCAGUUCCACGAGGCUCAGACAACAAUGGUCGACAGUGAGAGAGAAAUGGACUGCUGCUCCUCAUCGAGUGCAGCGCCCCUCAGUCCCGCCUCAUCUGGUUAUCACAGCGAUUGCGAGAGUCCAGCACCGUCGCCAAUGCCAGAGGAGUCCGAGAAAUUGUGGCGCCCUUGGUAAAGUGACAGACGAGCAGGAUAGCAGCAACAAAUGGAGGGAAAGAGAAUGGAAACGCAACUGUGAUAACCAAACUGUGAUGGCAACAACAAC